CCCACCCGUCGCGGGCCCCUUGGCUUCGGGCUCUUCGGCCCUCUGCGGGCCGCGGUCGGCUCCGAGGGUGUCUCCCUUCUCCAUUCCCGGCAGGCUCUAGCGGCUCCCUGUUCCCAGGACACCGCGAACCAACUUCUGGUGUCUUUUCCUCUCACCGAAGCGCUUAUCUGUGUGCAGCCUUAUCUCCGAGUUAUCUCGGCGCAAAGGGGCGGGAGCCGGCAGUCAGGCGGGCAAAGAGACUUCUUUCCUGCUAUCUAUCCUGGGUCUGUGUGUGGGCAUUAAUUUUAGUGUGGUUAUCUCCGAUGAGCCGAAGCGAUUUGGAAAAGCAGCCCAGAGGAGGCCAGUUCGGCUGCAUUUCGCCUCCCUCCCCCGACCCCUCCGAGGCUCCCUGUCAUUCCUCCUGCUCUCCCCUUUGGGGUGGCCUCACGUCCCCCCUUGCAUUUCCCCCUCCUUUUCUCUGCGCUCCGCUCCACCCCGCUACGUCCGAUUCCGGAACGGUCUGGCCUUUCCGUGGCUGGGGAUGACCGCGGGGUGGGCAGGGGUGGCCCGGCCGGUGUGAGCGCACGCGCUGGUGGCUGUAGACGCAAGCCGCGUCUAAGGUGUGCCAGGGCCGCGGGGCCGCGGGUUGGGCGUGACUCUGGCCCCGCGGGCACCCCUCUCUGUGCCCGGAAGGUCCGACACUGUCGUCCCGCCCCGGCGCCCCACCUUCCUUGGACUGAGUUGCAUUUCUCUGGGGCUCGCGUUCCGUCUCGUCAGCGCAGUCCGGGAAGCUCUGGGAGAGCCAGUAUGGGAACGCGGCGGUUUCGUUUUCGGGGACAGGAGCUAGAAGUCAGCUUGGAGUGGUGCCGGACCGUGGAUGGCCUUGACUGACGGCGGCUGGUGCCUGCCGAAGCGCUUCGGGGCCGCGGCUGCGGACGCCAGCGACUCCGGAGCCUUUCCAGCGCGGGAGCUCUCCACGCCGCCUUCCCCCAUCUCCUCCUCUUCCUCCUCCUGCUGCUCCCGGGGUGGGGAGCGCGGCCCCGGCGGCGCCGGCAACUGCAGGACGCCGCAGCUCGACACGGAGGCGGCGGCGGGACCCCCGGCGCGCUCGCUGCUGCUCAGCCCCUACGCCUCGCAUCCCUUCGGGGCUCCCCACGGACCUUCGGCGCCCGGGGUCGCUGGCCCCGGGAGCGCCCUGUCGAGCUGGGAGGACCUGCUGCUCUUCACUGACCUCGACCAGGCCGCGACGGCCAGCAAGCUUCUGUGGUCCAGCCGCGGCGCCAAGCUGAGCCCCUUCGCACCCGAACAGCCCGAGGAGAUGUACCAGACCCUCGCCGCCCUCUCCAGCCAGGGGCCGGCCGCUUACGACGGCGCGCCCGGCGGCUUCGUGCACUCGGCGGCCGCGGCGGCGGCGGCAGCGGCGGCGGCCAGCUCCCCGGUCUACGUGCCCACCACCCGCGUGGGCUCCAUGCUGCCCGGCCUGCCGUACCUGCAGGGGGCGGGCAACGGGCCCGCCAACCACGCGGGCGGCGCGGGCGCGCACCCCGGCUGGCCCCAAGCCUCGGCCGACAGCCCCCCUUACGGCAGCGGAGGCGGCGCGGCGGGCGGUGGGGCCGCGGGGCCGGGCAGCGCCGGCUCGGCCGCGGCGCACGUCUCUGCGCGCUUCCCCUACUCGCCCAGCCCGCCCAUGGCCAACGGCGCGGCGCGGGAGCCGGGCGGCUACGCGGCGGCAGGCGGCGGGGGCGUGGGCGGCGUGGGCGGCGGCGGCGGCAGCCUGGCGGCCAUGGGCGGCCGCGAGCACCAGUACGGCUCGCUGUCGGCUGCGCGGCCGCUGAACGGCACGUACCACCAUCAUCACCACCACCACCCGAGCCCCUACUCGCCCUACGUGGGGGCGCCGCUGACGCCCGCCUGGCCCGCCGGACCCUUCGAGACGCCGGUGCUGCACAGCCUGCAGAGCCGCGCGGGAGCCCCGCUCCCCGUGCCGCGGGGCCCCAGCGCAGACCUGCUGGAGGACCUGCCCGAGAGUCGUGAGUGCGUGAACUGCGGCUCCAUCCAGACGCCGCUGUGGCGGCGGGACGGCACCGGCCACUACUUGUGCAACGCCUGCGGCCUCUACAGCAAGAUGAACGGCCUGAGCCGGCCCCUCAUCAAGCCGCAGAAGCGCGUGCCUUCCUCCCGGCGGCUUGGAUUGUCCUGUGCCAACUGUCACACCACAACCACCACUUUGUGGCGCAGAAACGCUGAGGGCGAGCCUGUGUGCAAUGCUUGUGGACUCUACAUGAAACUCCAUGGGGUGCCUCGACCGCUUGCUAUGAAAAAAGAGGGAAUUCAAACCAGGAAACGAAAACCUAAGAACAUAAAUAAGUCAAAGGCUUGCUCUGGUAAUAGCAAUAAUUCUGUUCCUAUGACUCCAACUUCCACCUCUUCUAACUCAGAUGAUUGCAGCAAAAAUACUUCCCCCACAACACAACCAACAGCCUCAGGGGCGGGCGCCUCGGUGCUGUCUGGCCCGGGAGAGAGCACCAAUCCCGAGAACAGCGAGCUCAAGUACUCAGGUCAAGACGGGCUGUACAUUGGCGUCAGCCUGGCCUCGCCGGCUGAAGUCACAUCGUCUUCGAGAUGCGUUUCCCAAGAGGCUCGCUCGGCCUUACCACCCAGCCGCUGUCUCUGAAGAGCCAGAGAGAAGAUGGAGCUUCUGGGAAGGGCUGGUGCAGCCCACGCACGUCGCCUGCUCCCUGGCCACGGCCACUUCCAGCCAGCCUGCCUCUGGGUCUGCCAGAGGAUGUGGUGUCCGCUGUGCCGCUGCCAGAAACCGGGACUUGCCGGCUAAAGAAUAUUGAGAGAUUUUUAAAAAAGGUUUUAUGUGUAUUGCCCCGAAUCACGUGCUUCUUCUGAUCGAUUUUGGUUAUUCCAGAAUUUCUUCAUACCUUUUCCACACCCAAAUUUCACAUGCGUUCACGGAGAAGACCAUUUGAGGCCAUUUGGUACACACUUCUGGAGGCUGAGUCGGUUCAUGAGGUCUCUUGUCAAAAAUAUUACUCGGUUUGCAAGACUGCGUUAUAGCUGUAAUGUACACUGUGACUGAUGUUUCUCAAAGUUCAUAUUGUGUGACUGAUCUGAAGUCAGUCGGAAUUUGUAAACAGGGUAGCAAACAAGAUAUUUUUCUUCCAUGUAUACAAUAAUUUUUUUAAAAAGUGCAAUUUGCGUUGCAGCAAUCAGUGUUAAAUCAUUUGCAUAAGAUUUAACAACAUUUUUUAUAAUGAAUGUAAACAUUUUAACUUAAUGGUACUUAAAUAAUUUAAAAGAAAAAUGUUAACUUAGACAUUCUUAUGCUUCUUUUACAACUACAUCCCAUUUCUAUAUUUCCAAUUGUUAAAAGAAAAAUAUUUCAAGAACAAAUCUUCUCUCAGGAAAAUUGCCUUUAUCCAUUUGUUAAGAAUUUUUAUACAAGAACACCAAUAUUCUCCCUUUAUUUUACUGUGGAAUAUGUGCUGGAAAUUUGCAACAAAGCUUUACUACCUAACAGGUAACAUUUGUAAAUACUCUAGGCGUCUGUACACACCAUGAUGAAGUCUCUGUAGUGUGACUAACCCACAGGCAGGUUGGUUUACAUUAAUUUUUUUUUUAAUGGGAUGUCCUAUGGAAACUAUUUCACCAGAGUUUUAAAAAUAAAAAGGGUAUUGUGUUGUUUCUGUACAGCGAGUUCCUUCCCUUUCAGUUUCAUUUUGAUACUGUAUGUGGCUAUAGAUAUUCAUAUAAAACAAGUGCAUGCGAUGUUUGCAAAUUGC